AACUCUGCUGCGCUGACAAAAAUACAAACAAAAAAACACCCUGCAAACUUCUCCAACACAUCAUUUUAGUUUGACCCCUCUCUUCUCUCUCUCGCUUCACAAUUCAUACAUUUUAUACAUCCUUCUUUUGGGGGUGUCUGCCUAAACUUUUCAAUCUCAAAACUUCGACUUUUCUUCCACUCCUGUGUUUUCUUUUGAGGUGAGGGGAAGAUAAAAGUACUGUGAAAUCGAGCUUUGGAUAUUCCUUUUUUGUUAUGUUAUGGCGUUAAGAUUUGAUGCCAGAGAUGUUUCGGGUUUCAAAAUCAUGUUUUCAUUGGCGUUUAUAUAUGGUCUCAUGUCGAUCCUUGUUCACUCCGUGAUUUACACCAAGUUCAUCACGCCGUUGGGUAUCGACGCGCCUCUCGAUCGCUUCUCCGAAGCCAGAGCUAUCGAGCAUGUUCGAGUCUUAGCACAUGAAAUCGAUGGUCGACAAGAAGGGCGUCAGGGUCUGAGAGAAGCCGCUGAGUAUAUCAAGGCACAGUUGGAAAGGUUGAAGGAGAAAGCUGGAUCAAAUUUCAGGAUUGAGAUUGAAGAGAAUGUUGUUUCUGGGUCAUUCAAUAUGAUGUUUUUAGGCCACAGUAUAUCGUUUGGUUACAGAAAUCAUACCAAUAUAUUGAUGAGGAUAUCCUCAAUAGAUUCACAAGAAACCGAUCCAUCAGUUUUACUGAAUGCUCAUUUUGAUAGUCCACUUGGUUCCCCUGGUGCUGGUGAUUGCGGUUCAUGUGUUGCGUCAUUGUUGGAAAUUGCAAGACUAACCAUAGACUCUGGUUGGGUUCCACCUCGGCCUAUAAUUUUAUUAUUCAAUGGUGCAGAAGAAGUUUUCUUGUUGGCUGCAAAUGGUUUUGUGAGGACUCAUAAAUGGCGUGAUUCCAUAGGAGCUUUUAUAAAUGUGGAAGCCUCUGGAUCCGGAGGCAUUGAUCUAGUCUGCCAAUCUGGGCCUGGUUCUUGGCCUUCUUCCAUCUAUGCUCAGUCAGCAAUUUAUCCCAUGGCACAUAGUGCAGCCCAGGAUGUUUUCCCUGUUAUUCCUGGAGAUACAGAUUACAGGAUGUUUUCUGAAGAUUAUGGCAAUAUUCCUGGUCUGGAUAUUAUUUUUCUUCUUGGUGGUUAUUAUUACCAUACUAGCUAUGAUACAGUGGACAGACUAAUACCAGGUAGCAUGCAAGCUCGUGGAGACAAUUUGUAUAGCACGGUUAAGGGCUUCGCGGAGUCUUCUAAGCUUAAAAAUGCUCAUGAAAGAGAAUCCCUUGGUGUCAAUGACAAAUACGAUCAUGGACGAGCUGUUUUCUUUGAUUACUUAGCUUGGUUCAUUAUAUUCUACUCAAGAAGGAUAUCUAUGGUACUUCAUAGCAUUCCCAUCAUCAUCUUUCUCAUUAUGCCUUUCUUUUCACGUUUUCUGAAUUCUGGGUUGCGGGGUUGUUCGGCGACCUUCUAUGAUUUUGUGAAAGGAAUGAUCCUCCAUACUACUGGAAUGAUGCUGGCUAUAAUUUUCCCAGUUAUAUUUUCUGUCCUGAGAUUGCUAGUUUCUAGUUAUGGAAUGAACUGGUUUGCAAAUCCUUUCUUGGCUUUCACGAUGUUCAUUCCCGCUUCACUUGUUGGUCUAUUAAUUCCAAGGACGGCUUUUCCUGGUUUUCCCCUCUCCCAAAAUGCUUCAGCUCUCAAGAUGUCGAAAGAGGUACUAUCUGAGGAGGCAAGAUUCUGGGGAGCAUUUGGAUUUUAUGCUUCAUUAACUUUGGCUUAUCUUGUAGCUGGGUUAAGUGGGGGUUUCUUGAGCUUUUUCACAUCUGCGUCUAUGCUUCUUGCAUGGAUCUUUUACUUAUCAAUCAAGUUUGAUGGUCAUCAUUCUGUAAGGUCAACAGUUUUUUAUGUCAUACCUCUAAUUCCGUGCCUUACAUACUCUGUUUAUUUUGGUGGAUUUCUUGUUCAAUUUUUUAUUGAGAAAAUGGGUAUGAUGGGCUCUCUUCCACCGCCUUAUGGGAAUUACAUUCCUGAUAUAGUCGUGGCCGCAAUCAUUGGUGUUGUUACUAGUUGGUGUGUGGGCCCCCUUAUACCUAUUUGUGGCAAAUGGUUAGCCAGGUCAUCCAUCUUGAAUUUCUUACUACAUCUUAGUGUGAUUGCUUUGGCUUUGUCAUCGCGGUUCUUUCCCUAUAGUACAGAUGCACCUAAGAGAGUUGUUCUCCAGCAUACAUUUCUGACUGCAGAUGCAAAUCGGAUUGUCGAUUCAAGUUAUGACUUCUCCGUGGUGGAUUCCAACUCUUUGCUGUUUCUUUUUAAACAUGCAGCCGAAGUGGCAAAGGAGUUGCACAUUGACCCCGAAUUUUCUUUUGAAACUGCUCAAAUUUCUAACCAACAGACUUUUUUGACACUUUUUCCGGUCAACUUUAUGUUUUCAAGAAGUUUGAAGUUCCCUGCAAGCACUGAUGGAAUUUUGAAGCAAUAUACACAGUUUCCUCAUUUGUAUACUAAUAAGCCACAAUCGACAUCUCGUGAUGGCUCUCGGAGAGUGUAUUUGGAACUUUCAUUAGGUUCCUUAAAGGAGGUUUGGGUUGCUGUUCUUAACAUUACUGGUCCUUUAUCCAAUUGGUCAUUUGCUGACAAUAAGCUACCAGCCCCGGAAACCGCCGAAGGCGGUCCACCAUCGUACAUAUGUAGACUUACUGGAGCUAGUAAUGAAAAAUGGAACUUAUGGUUAGAGGCCAGCAACACUGGAGAUUUAAGGGUGGAUUUGGCAGUGCUUGACCAAGUUUUGGUCGAUGAAGCAAAGAAGUUGAAAGGGCUUUUCCCACCUUGGGCGGAUGUUACUGCUUUUUCUAGUUUCAUGUCUACCUAUGUCUUUUAGUGAUUAUAUCAACCCAUUCUGUGUUAUCUGAGGACACGUGUCGGAUACGGGUUUAUUUGAUAUUUUUUAAUUUUAUAAUAUAAUUUUUCCAUACUUUUUUCCUUUCUUUUUCAUUCUAAUGUUGUAAACUUCAUAAUGUAAUGAUAAGUUAUCUUGGAAAAAUUAUUAUGGUUA